CCCUCACGCUUUUCUAUUUUUUUUACUAGUUACUUUAUUUUAUUACAACUUGCCUAAUAAAAAUACAAUGGUAGCUGUUGCAACACAAAGGUACCGGCAGAGUCUUGUAUUUCUGACCUCUCUGUUUUUACUCUUUUGUGCACUCUUUGCUGCACCAGCAUAUGGGCGCAAGCCGCGAGUACCAGGAGCACGAGGGCGACUUUUAGUAUUUGGUGAGAGUCUGGUGGACCCAGGCAACCUGUACACGUUCAUCUCGCAUUUGUUCCCAUCCGCGCCUUACUACCAAGGCCGGUGGAGUAACGGGCCAACGUUUGUCGAGUACCUUUCGGACCUGCAAUGCCGCUCAAUGGAAAACUAUGCUUUUGGCGGCGCAACAACUAAUAAUGGAAAUAUCACGGCACUGCCAGUGAAGAGCUUGGUGCAGAUGCCGAGCACGGACCAGCAGGUCAAAUUAUUCAACCUCUACCAUAUGCUGACUGUGUCUGGAAGCGCCUAUAAGGAUGAUGUGGCUGUGUUUACGGCGGGCGCGAAUGAAAUCUUCCGCUCUGUUGAGGGCAUUCUCGCUGGUACUAUAGAUCCUGACUACCUGCCAUUUAUGAUUUCUAGCAACUUGAAGGGCCAGAUGCUGUCGUUGAAGGAGCAAGGUGUGUCGCGCUUUAUCCUUUUUUCGUUGCCGCCCAUCGAUGACUCGCCGAGAAGCAAACUGGGGAACUACCCGGAUGCCAUCAGGGACACGGUCAACCGCAUUAACAUUGCCCUGGAAAAGGUCGUCGUAGAGAUACGCGAGGAGGACAAGCUGUACGAGACUGACCCAAAACGCAGACUCAAGUGGAUCCAGUAUGUAUCCUUCCGUGAUAUCAUCAAUGUGCUUGAACAAAAACCCAUUUUGGAGGCCCUCAAUAUUAAAAGCACCAGGCUGCCCUGCUUGAAGACACUCAAGUAUGAUGUUGAUUUGGGAAGCGAUUUUUACAACUUUUUGGAGCUCGUCACCCAUGCCAAUACCAUUCCGGUUUGCGAGAAUCCUGAUGAGUAUUUCUACUGGGAUGCGUCGCAUUUCUCGGCACAGAUUCAUCGCAUUAUUGGGUAUGUUUUGGAUGAAGCCGUGGAUAGGUUGGAGGCUGGCGAGUAUUGGAAUAUUGAUGCCGAUAAGGUUCUGGGAAUCAUCAAGGAUAACGAGCUGAAUACGCCGAUUGUGUUGCCAAAGGGCUUUGCCUCUACGCCGUUUAUCACAACGUUGUUUAAAAAGUACCCGAUCUUCCGACUGGGAUUCCGUGUGUUUAUGCUGUAGCUUAAUAACAAUAGUAAUAGUAUAAAGUAAAAAUAUGUCGUGUCAUUAAAUACAUGUUCGUCAAAAUGGAGAAAAAAAUGGAAAUGAAAAUGAAAAAAGAAAUAGGAAAGGGUGUGUUUGGUGAGGAUGUCGUGAUGAA